AUGGAUGACAUCGUAUCUCAUAAGUUCGAGCAGGAACGAGGACAUGUCAUCUCGUCGGUUGAGGUUUAUACGAACCAACACGGCGUGUCGACAGAGGAGGCGGUUGAAGCAUUGAACGAAAUGGUGGAGGAAGACUGGAAGGGCAUAAACGAGGAUUGCAUCAACUCUCCGAAUUUCAUAUCUAAGGAUGUUCUUUCGAUGUUAAUUUGUUGGGCUCGCGAGGGUGAUGAAAGUGCUUUACAAGGACUUCGAUAG